GUCCGUGCUGCAAGCUCUUGCUUCGCAGCAAAUGGGAACAGCCCAACUGCAAACUUUGAUGCAUGUUGCUCCGGCCAGUCUAGCGGCACGGAACAUAUUGGCAACACCAAGUAUGUGUUUAAGUGCGAUACCUCUGGGAACAAAAACUCCAGAGGGCCGUUAGGCGCUAAAAGUGCCCUGGCAUGUGCCCAAUUCUGCAACAAUGAUCCUUCGUGUGUAUCGAGCACUUGGCUGAGCGAACAGGGCCACUGUUAUUGGAGUGACAAGGUUGGGACCGGCCGAAGUGACCGUGAUACCCAGAAAUACAUGUGGCUCGUCAAAAGCGGCACGGAUGACAACGUACCAGACCCAGGGCCAGAACCGGAUUGCCAGCAGAAAGUCGCCGUUGCGGUUCAGAAAGAGAAACAGACAUGUGCAAGGAGUCUUAGCGAACUGAAGGGGAAGCAUUCCGCCGCCAUUAGAUCCUGUGAGAAGAGGAAUCAGGAACUUGAGGACCAGCUACGCGAGGGCAUGACCCAACCGAAAAGAGAGUGGAAGCUGUUGUCAGGAAAUCUUAAACAUGACGACGAGGCUAGGUCUGUGGCUUUCUCACCAGAUGGAAAGAUUCUGGCAUCCGGGAGUAGUGACGGACAGGUGAACUUUUGGGACAUGGAGAACUCUGGUUCCCUCCACCAAUGGAACGAUGAUGGCGCGGAGAUCUCCAGCGUUGUGUUUUCUCCGGAUGGGAAGCAGCUCCUGGCUGCUGACGCAUUGGAGGGUAACGUGUUUCUGUUCGAUGUCCAAACAGGGAGAAAAGUUGAGGAGUUUACCGGUCACACCGAGGAUGUCAACAGCGUUGCGUUUUCUCCCGACGGCCUAAGAUUUGCCUCGGGGUCUACAGACAAUACUGUCCGACUCUGGGACCUUUCAACAAAGGCCUCGCAUGAACUGACAGGGCAUACCGAUAAUGUUCUGUCAGUGGCAUUCUCGUCUGAUGGCAAAUACCUUGCUUCCGGGUCCAAAGACCGGACAAUCCGAAUCUGGGACGGAAAGACUGGAGCGUUUGUCCGCAGUAUAACGGGUCACAGCGGCCAAGUGCGAGCAGUUGCGUUCCCCCGGUACGGCUUUUCCAACCUUCUGGCCUCUGGGUCUAAUGACAAGCUGGUGAAAUUGUGGAAUGUUGAUACAGGAAGCCUCGAACGAGACAUCCCUCACCCAGACACGGUAGUUGGCCUUUCAUUUUCUCCAGAUAACAGACAGCUUGCGUCGACAUCUUACGACAAGCAUAUUCGGCUCCUGUCGCUUAAUCAAGGUGAUGAUAUCGACUUUUACCACGGUGCUAUUAAUAGCAAUGCCGUUGCAUUUUCACCUAAAGGAACUAACUAUGUCGCGUCUGCCUUUGUCGAUGGUUCGAUAAAGGUGUGGACGAGCGCUUGAAAACGAACCAAAGCAUGGAGGGGUUAAGGUCAAGGAAGGAGAAACAGAUAGCGCUGUCUAUGUUACUUAGAAUAGUUCCAAAUGGGUAUACAUGAUGAAAUUCCUUCAAUAGGUCUAUCAUGAUCCUCGAUAUUGGACUCAAGACAAUCCAGAUAUUGCGUCGACCUCAUGCCCGAGACCAAGAGUAUUUAAAUGUGAAUCGCACCUAUGGUGUUUGUGUCACCAUGUUCUGUC